AUGCAGCACAAUGCUGGUUCGCCUAAGAUGAAUCCAAUCAAGACUGCCGAUGCUCCCAAUCCCAUCACUUUUCGAAAUCACCGGCCCGGCGACAUGGGCUAUAUCACUCACCGACAUGGCGUUAUCUAUGCCAAAGAGCACAACUACGGCGAACUAUUCGAGGCCAUGGUUAGCCAGAUAACGGCCGACUUCCUCCUCAAUUACGAUCCGGCAAAAGAGCGGUGCUGGAUAGCAGAAAGAGACGACAAGUUUCUAGGUGCCAUCAUGCUCAUUAGGGACCGCGAAACGAUUGGUAGAGCGAAACUGAGAUGCUUCUUUGUAGAAAAGGAAGCACGGGGGUCUGGCUUGGGAACGGAGUUGAUUAGGCUGUGUGUUGCGUUUGCACGAGAAGUUGGAUAUGAGCGCAUUGGCUUGGCAACCGACUUUCACCUGGCCUCUGCGCGGCGGUUGUAUGGCAAGGCCGGGUUUGAGCUGAAAGCUACCGAGGAACAUGAAGCCUGGGGGAAGAAGCGCAUGGGAGAGACUUGGGAGCUGCAGCUUAAAUAG